UCAGCGAUUAGGUUUAAGAACCAUGGAGGAAGUGGAGAUAACAGAGGAAGAAGACGAAGUUGUGGUUGCUCCAACUAACUUUUCAAUGGUGGAAGAGGGUAUUUUUCGCAGCAGUUUCCCUCGAUCUUCAAAUUUCUCUUUUCUUGAAACUCUGAAUCUUCGUUCCGUCGUAUAUUUGUGCCCCGAACCCUAUCCACAGCAAAAUCUACAGUUUCUUCAAUCGCAAAAUAUCAAGUUCUUCCACUUUGGUAUUGAAGGCAAAACGGAUCUUUCUGUGCCUGCCGUAAAGGAUUUGAUCUUUGAGGCCGUCAAAGUUUUGAUUGACGUGAGAAAUCACCCAGUUCUAGUCCACUGUAAUCAAGGAAAGCAUCGAACUGGUUGUGUUAUUGGAUGCUUCAGAAAACUGCAGCGUUGGUGUCUAUCUUCUGUGUUUGAGGAGUACAAGAAAUUUGCUGGAGCUAAAUCCAGAACGACUGAUUUAAGUUUCAUAGAAACGGUUGAUCUCUUAAACCUGAGAAAGUGUCUUAACAGCAUCAUAUACCGAUACCUAGGACAUUCUUCAAAGAAACGCAAGUUGCUGUACAGAGAUGAUAAUCUCAAGGUCCACUUGACAUCAGUUUAGCUUUCUAGUAUAGCUCUGUUAAUUGAUCACUAAUUUUGAACAGUGUGACAUCAAUUCCAUUCAUACUUUUAUUUUA